AUGUCAAGCACGACCUCAACCCUGCCGGACGACGCGUUCAGAUCUUAUGUUUUGGACUUCCUCCGACACGUCUCUCCGGCUGCGCUCAACGCUUCAGGCACAGCCCACUCGGAGCUCGAGGCCCUUGCGGGCGAGUUCUACGAGACAAGUCGAGACAUCCACAUGCAGGAGCUACUACUCGCCCUCCAUGGUCGCUACGAUUUGAUCAACCUGGGCUUCUUUGAGAAAUCCACUCUCGACGAAGUUGCCAUCUAUGUCCACCAGGCGCGUGGCAAGCUAGUCGGCGAACCAGGCAAAGACAGCGGGUGCGGCAAAACCCCCAUCAAGAAUCCAACAACACCGCCGCAAGCACAGACGGAGCUCCGGCAGAUACCAGUAAGGAACCUUAAAGCGGUGAUGGAAGACCUUGUCGGCAUUUCAUCGCAGUUUCCUGCUGAAGUCCCCAUGCCUGCGGAGCUGGAUCCGCGAGAUCUGGGCCUGACGGGGGAGGUCGAGGACGAGAGUACCGGUGUCAGCGGAGAGUUUCUGGAGGAAGAGGAUUAUGUCGUGGGUUGGAAGACGGAGUUUCUCAUGCUGGAAGAUGGGCCGGUACUAGUGUACAAGGAGUCGCACCAGUCGCACCAACAGGCAGAAACUGGGACAUGA